AUGUGGAUAGCUUUAACCGCGAAGAAUAAAUCUGGGUUUAUUGAUGGAUCCACCAAAGAACCUGAAGUUGGAACAGAUCUUCACAGAUCUUGUGUUAUCUAUUACUCUACUGCUAAAGACAUCUGGGAAGAAUUGGAGGACAAGUUUGGACAGAGUUCUGGUCCACAACUCUUUCAGCUCCAAAAGGAACUUAGUGACCUGGUUCAAGGGUCAUCUGAUAUUGCUGGUUACUACACCAAAAUCAAACGACUCUGGGAUGAGUUGGAUACUUUGGAUACCUUCAGUUUUUGUCCUUGUGAUUGUACAUGUGGAGCAAAGAAGAAGAAUAUUAAAGCCAAGCAAGAUGAGCGUUUAGUUCAGUUUCUAAUGGGUCUCAAUGACUCUUACUGUGCUCCUAUAGGUAAUAUCCAGAUGAUUUCACCUUUACCCUCUAUUUCAAAUUCAUAUGCACUCUUAAUCCAAGAAGAAAAACAAAGAGAGGUUCAUAAUACACCAAAAUUUCCAGGUGAAUCUUCUUCUUUUGUUGUUGCUAACCAAGCCAAUGUUGGACCAAGGUCUUUUUCUACUGAUUUUAGGGCACAAAGAAGAUCUUAUGAGAACAAGAAGUCUCCUCUCGUAUGCAAGUAUCGUAAGAAACCAGGCCAUCUUAUUGAGAAAUGUUAUAAGUUGCAUGGGUUUUCACCAAAUUUAAAUUCACUAGGCAGAGAACUUCUCAGAGUUCCGUUCAGGGAAAUGCAGUGA